GUUUCACAACGACAACAAAACGAAUAUUUGAGCCGCUCAUUACUCGUUACCAGAAGCCUACCGACAUUCAUCAUGAAAACAGUCGAAAUAAUUUUCAAAUUGUUGUUGAGCAUCAUCUUUCUGAUACAUUUCUCAAGCGGUGAAUGGUUACCAAAAGUUGUGCUACCGGAAAAAAUCAUUGUGGGCUAUGCGACUUGGGAUCAGUGUGACGAUAAAAUAAUUCGAGCAGCGGAAGAGGGCGUAAAUACAAUAAUUUGGUUUUCAAUCGAUUUGCUUCAUAAUUACACCACGGCCAGACCGUACAUUAACCGAGGUCCCGAUCCAGAUUGUGUGGCUCAAAUUGCGAAAAAGCUGAGGGAUAUGAAUCUGGAAACCGUUCAUCUAAUAUCCAUUGGCGGUUGGAAUGCUCUGCAUCCUGACACGACCAAUACUGCUGAGCAAAUUUUUAUUGAGUGGAAACGAUGGAACAGCGAAGUGAUAGCAAAAUCGGACCUAGAAUUUUCCGGAUACGACGGAAUCGAUUGGGAUAUUGAAGGUACCGAUGAUGUUGCGAACGAACGAAAUCAUUUUAAAGUUGAGACGCUAGAUUUGAUGGGAAAACUUUCCCUGCUAAUGAAACAAGAUGGCUAUAUUGUGGCUAUGGCACCAGCUGAAUCGUAUCUGGAUCCCUCUACAUCAACUUUCGACAGAAGCUUGAGGCACACCUAUUCUGAAUGGGACCCAAUCGUACCGAAUUUCAGCUAUCGCGGCAGAAAUACGUACGGGUAUCUGCUGUCUCGAUAUGGCUCGACUGUGGUCGGAACCGCUGAGAACGGUCUAGAGAUAACAGAAGAAACAUUCGACUUCGUCACUAUACAACUUUACGAAGGCUACAGUCACUGCUUGUACAACACUUCCAUACUGAACCAACCUGCUUCCGAAUACAUCCAAAAUAUUGUUCAACGUUUUCAUCGGGGAUGGAAUGUUGAAUUUUCUUCGGAUCCGGAGCUACUUUGGAACACAACACGUGUACAAGUUCCAUCCGCGAGACUCGUUAUCGGAUUGGCAAAUGGCUGGGCGGAUAACACCAAGUUUUUGUUGUUGAACAGCACUGAAGUUGGGCUGGGAUACAAAUAUUUGGAGGAAAUAGGCCUGGCUCCGAAAGGGUUUGGAUUUUGGGAUAUUUUUGAUGAGGGCCGUGCAACGUAUAGAGGAGAUGUGGUAUGGCUGGCUAAGGAGUUGAACGAAAUUAUGAACAUCAGAAAUUCAGGUGGAAAGUAUGGAAUCGGUUCUUUGUGCUUGAUAUUAUGUGGUCUGAUCAUAUUCAGAUAUUUUAAAAUUUGUUGAGAAUCGUCUGGGAGAAUGGUCAAUAAAGUACGUUCAA